AUGUAUCCACCAACCGGAGGCUACGACCUCGAUAUCGAGGCUCUAAGCGGAAUCUGCGGCUCCAUCAGCAUUGCAUGCUGGGUGGUCGUCUUCUCUCCUCAGAUCAUUGAGAACUUCCGACGGAGCUCCGCGAAUGGCUUGUCCAUGACUUUUCUAGUCAUCUGGCUGCUGGGCGAUCUGUUCAAUAUCAUUGGAGCCGUGCUGCAGGGCGUUUUGCCGACAAUGAUCAUCCUGGCCGUCUAUUACACAUUUGCCGACAUUGUGUUGAUUGUGCAGUGCUUGUACUAUCGCGGAUUCACUUUCCGCAAUUUGACAGGGCGGAAGGACGUCGCAGAUACUCUAGACGCGGCCUCGGAAAGAUCGCCGCUCCUGGCGAAUGGCAACCAGAAUGGCAGCCAGAGCGCAACUGAGCGUAAUGCCCUGCCACGCAUUACUUCGCAGGACCGAUUUGCGAGUCUCGACGGUUCCCACCAUCUCUCCCCAGCCACACCGAUGCAUCCGCAGCGCAAAGACGCGGAGAACGCGGCUGCGCUGAAGCCUUCGAAGCCGCGGACCUGGACCCAGGCCAUCCUAUUUAACAGCACAGCCAUUAUCUUGGUCGUGCUCGCUGGCAUUGCGGGAUAUUUCCUCAGUCCAUCAGCGCCGGAGCGUCGCAAUGGCAAGACACCAGCAGACGAGCAGACCGCAUCCCUUCAUUUUAGCCUCUGGGGGCAAAUCUUCGGAUACGUUUGCGCGGCUCUAUACCUCAGCUCGAGAAUGCCACAGAUCCUGCUCAACUACCAACGGAAAUCCACCGAAGGCCUGAACGCUCUGUUCUUCAUCUUCGCCUGCAUCGGCAACCUGACUUUCGUGUGCAGCAUUCUGGCCUUCAGCCCGUUGUGCAGCAAACACUAUCGCGGUCAUUGGCAUGAAAGCACUUGCAAAGAGGGCGAGGCGGCCGCCAUCUACUGGCGCUAUUUUAUGGUCAACCUGAGCUGGCUGAUUGGAAGCGCUGGCACGCUCGGUCUCGAUUUUGCCGUGUUUGUGCAAUUCUUCUUGUACAGAAACAACGUGGAGGGCUCCGAACAGGCCGUCGAGAGUGCAUCGGAAAUCUCGCCUGACAUGGGGAGACCGCACGUGACGACGUAG